AUGGGUGAAAUUGGAUCCCACGCCGAAUUCUUGAAGUCAUGUCAUGACAAUAGGAAAAAGGCUGAGAAAUAUGUCCAGUUUCGUUCUGCCUUGUCACCAGAAAACCCCAAAGCGCGCUUUCCUGGGUUUCGCCAGGGACUCAAAGCGUUCAAGGCAGGACAGCCGGUGCAAAAGGGGGCGAAGCCUUUACAGGUGGAUUUACUCAUGCAUGAAAGCAUGUCCAUGGUGCUCUCCGAUGGCACCAAGCUGUAUUACGAUAUUUUCUUCCCCGCUGAUUAUGAGGACCUCCGAACUGUUGACGAGCGCAGAAAAAUUCCCGCUUUGGUUGCUUGGAGUCCUUAUGGCAAGCAGAUGGGUGUGAGCAUAUUGGAUGACUUUCCUUUCCGCGCCGGCGUCCCAAAAGAUUGGCUUUCAGGUCUUCAGAAAUGGGAAGGUCCUGAUCCUGCGUUUUGGUGUGCGGAGGGAUACGCAGUGAUCAAUGUUGAUACACGCGGCGCUUAUACGUCUGAGGGUGAUCUCAUGAUAAUGGGGCACCAGGAAGCUCAAGAUGGGGCGGAAUUUGUGACCUGGCUGUCUCAGCAGCCUUGGUGCAAUGGCAAAGUCGGGCUUACGGGGAACAGCUGGCUGGCUAUGUUGCAGUGGAAGAUAGGGAGUCUGCGGCCUCAAGGCCUAGCAGCACUCGCACCAUGGGAAGGAAUACAGGACGUGUAUCGCGAUAUUAUGUGUCAGGGGGGAAUUCCUUUUACCGGUUUCCAUGACUCAAUCGCCGACACCCUCUCCAGCCAUGGCAAAUUAGAAGAUAUAUCUGGUGCCUUACACAGCUGUCCUCUUUGGAACGAAUACUGGGAAGACAAGAGGUCCAAGUGCGAGCAGAUCAAUGUCCCCACGUACGUCGUGGGCUCAUGGACGAACCCCAUUCAUACAUCGGGGACAAUGAGAGCCUACCGGGCUAUCCCUGAAUCAGUUCCCAAGUGGCUCCGAGUGCACAACUCAAUGGAAUGGCCGGACUAUUAUGCCAACUCCAGCUGUCGUGACUUAAAGCGAUUCUUCGAUUGCUUUCUAAAGGGGGAUGCGGAGAAUGGCUGGUGGGCGACGCCCAAGGUGCGACUGAGCGUUUUGAAUUUCGGAUUAUCCGGCUUGGAUGAUACGGUAAACAGGGCCGAGACGGAGUGGCCUCUGGCUCGGACCGAAUACCGGAAGAUAUAUCUCACAGCGGAUCAACAAAUGAGUGAGUCACCAUUGACUGAGCCGGGUCAAGUCAUGUACGACUCCAAGAAUGGGAAGGCCACAUUUCGAUAUCGCAUACCUCAUGAUAUGGAAACUACAGGGUAUUUCGUCGCUCGGCUCGCAGUAUCUUCCUCAUCGGAUGCCGACAUGGAUUUGUUCGUUCAUGUGAGUUGCCUUCGAGGGCGCUCUUUGUACAAGCAGGGCGUCCUCACUAUACGGCCACAGAACCUCGUCGUCCUCAAGUUGUUGAAGCUGCUGCAUGACUGGCAAGUCGGGCUUCAGGGAGCCGGUAUGCUGUUCCAUUGGGGACCAUCUGGCCAGCUCCGAGUCAGCCAUGGCCAGAAUUGCAGUGAGCUGUCUACUACCUUCGAACCACUUUAUCGUCAUACCGAGCGUGCCCCAUUGACCCGUGGCGAGGUCCGAGUCGUGGAGAUACCACUAUGUCCCUAUGGCAUGUAUUGGAAAAAAGAUGACAUUAUGGAACUUACUGUGGCGGGAAAUCCGCUGGUACCAUUUCCAAUUCCUGGUGUCAAACCCUGCUACGGCGAGAAUACUGGAGCUCACAUCAUCCACUGCCUUGAUAGAGGAGAUCAGAGUUCAUGUCUUAUUGUACCCUGUACCUAG